CUCGGCUGUGCGGCGACGGGCGGAAGUAGCCAUGGUGGCGGCGGUGGGCAUGGGGCAGCAGUGGAUCCUGGUGGAGAUGGUGCAGGCCUUCUACGAGGCUCCUGCAUACCAUCUUAUUUUGGAAGGAAUUCUAAUUCUAUGGAUAAUCAGGCUUAUUUUUUCCAAGACAUACAAGCUUCAAGAGCGAUCUGAUCUAACACCUAAGGAAAAAGAAGAGUUGAUUGAAGAAUGGCAGCCAGAGCCUCUUGUUCCUCCUGUAUCAAAAGAUCACCCAGCUCUCAACUACAACAUUGUUUCAGGUCCUCCUACCCAUAAAAUCAUUGUUAAUGGCAAAGAAUGUAUUAACUUUGCAUCAUUCAAUUUUCUUGGACUUCUGGAUAAUGAGAAAGUUAAGAGUGCGGCUCAAGCGUCUUUGAAGAAGUACGGUGUUGGUACUUGCGGACCUAGAGGAUUCUAUGGUACUUUUGACGUGCACUUAGAAUUAGAAGACCGGCUAGCAAAAUUCAUGAGGACAGAAGAAGCUAUUAUAUACUCAUAUGGAUUUGCAACAAUUGCCAGUGCAAUUCCUGCGUAUUCUAAACGAGGGGACAUCGUGUUUGUAGAUGAAGCUGCAUGCUUUGCUAUUCAAAAGGGAUUACAAGCAUCUCGGAGUAAUAUCAAAUUAUUUAAGCAUAAUGACAUGACAGACCUUGAACGACUGUUGAAGGAGCAAGAGACUGAAGAUCAAAAGAAUCCUCGCAAAGCCCGUGUAACUCGAAGGUUCAUUGUGGUGGAAGGGUUGUAUAUGAAUACAGGAGACAUUUGCCCUCUUCCAGAAUUGAUAAAAUUGAAGUAUAAAUACAAAGUUAGAAUAUUUUUGGAGGAGAGCCUUUCUUUUGGAGUCCUUGGAGAACAUGGAAGAGGAAUCACUGAACACUUUGGAAUAAAUAUUGAUGAUAUAGACCUCAUUAGUGCAAACAUGGAAAAUUCACUGGCUUCUAUUGGAGGAUUUUGCUGUGGAAGAUCGUUUAUAAUUGACCAUCAGCGAUUGUCUGGUCAAGGCUAUUGCUUUUCUGCAUCCCUGCCUCCUUUAUUAGCUGCUGCUGCUAUUGAGGCUCUAAACAUUAUGGAAGACAAUCCAGACAUUUUUCAGACUCUUCGGGCUAAAUGCAAGCGAAUUCACAGUGCUUUACAGGGGAUUUCUGGCUUAAGAGUAGUGGGAGAAUCGUUUUCUCCAGCAUUGCACCUAAGGUUGGAAGGCAGUUACGGAUCUCGAGAAAAUGAUGUGAAGUUGCUCAAGAGAAUUGUGGAUUAUUGCGAAAAUCGUGGUAUUGCAUUAACUCAGGCCCGCUACCUGGAGAAGGAAGAAAAAUGUCUUCCUUCACCCAGUAUUCGAGUAGUGGUAACAGUGGAACAAACAGAACAAGAACUGGACAAAGCUGCAUCACUUAUUAAGGAAGCUGCAGAGUCUGUACUGAAUUAACCCACAGUUUUGGAUUCCUUUUUCCUCAAAUUAUAAAUGUUUUACACUGUAUAGUGAACUCCACUUCAGAUAUUAAAGCUUAUCCACCAUAGACAUUAAAGUCUAUCUAAUGAGAUUGUUUCAGGAUAGUAAAAAUACAGUGAUGUAUAGAAUCCUGAAUUUUGAAAAUGGUGAAUGACGCAAUGUACUUAAAAUUCAAAAUCUACGAAACAUUCCUAGAAAUGAAAUAUCACUGUUGCAUGCAGGUCUUUUUCACAGGUUUCAUCUUAAAAAGCCUUAAAUUUAUUUCUUCAACCCCCUAAAUGUUACCACAUACAUGGAGAGAGAGAGAAGAGGAAAAUAUGUAUACAUAUGUAUAUAAUUCAUUUUUUUCUCAAUAAGCGUCUAAAAUAUGUAUCUCAGUAUGUAGGAAGUUCACUUGCUUUCAGAAUGAAAUACUAAUGAAAUACUAAUACUAAUAGUACCUUAAGAGAGAAAUAACACAUUAAGAGAUAAUUUUGUGCUGUAUUGCGUCAUUCAUCGUGGGAACUUCAAUUCUUACUUGUUUAUAUCUUUUUAACCAUUUCUGAAAGCAGUUUCUCAGAAUGCCUAGUCAGAUGAUUGCUAUCAAAAUGUAAACUAAUGUUUAACACUGUUUGCAUACUGCAUUUCGUAUGUAAAUAUGCAUAUUUGAUUUUAUGGGUGAGAUUUUUCUUAUCAACUUGAACACCUAAACUGAAACCUCCAAAUUGUGAGAGUAUUGCAGUAUCACUAUAGUGUGUUCAGUCAGGGGUCUUUCGCACCACCAGUUUUGAAGAGGAGGCAUAAACAAUGUGAAGAACUAAAGUUUUGAAAUGGCAAAUGAAUAUAAGCUUUUUCAAACAGCUUUGGAGCACUAAAAUAUGUGUAUUAAGUUAUAGCUCUGAACAGCUGCUAUCCAUUAGAGUAAUUAAUUAGUAAUAUUUGGAGUUUUAUGCUCUUGUAAUUUGCAGUAGUCACAGAUGGAUAGAAACAUAACACCAAUCUGAAGAAAUUGGUAAGGAUGGAUGACAGUAAGCCAUAGCUUUUAAUAAAAUAAAAAUGUAUUUCUGCAUAUUUUUAACAAUACCAGUUCAAAAAACGUUGUGUUCUACCUGAUCUGUAUUCGAGUUGUUUUAUACUUAUUUUUGUUUUUGGUUGCUGCUACAAGGACUACAGUACUAUUUUUGAGAAAGAUCACUGUUUAAAUAAACAUUUUAUUCAAAUUUA